CCUGCAUUUCCGGUGGGCCCACUUAAUUAGAGCUUGGGGGCAACAGCUAAAUGAAGCCACACAACUUAAUCCUAACCCCGGGUCCUAACAGAUUCUACGUACGUACAUAGUAUUACAUAACAAGAUUGUGUAAUAAAAUUGGGUGGUGAAUGGUGAUUUUCAUCAAUCAUGAUAUUGUUGCGUCUGGGAGGUGUUAUUACCACCAGCAAGUCAAUCCACUUUCCGUGCUGCUCAAUACAGUCUAGAAUCACCCCAACCAACACUGAGAAGAAUGGUCCUGAUUUCGAGCAGCUCAAGUCGGAGCUCCGCGGUGGAGGAACCCCUGCUUCUGCUUCUGCUGCUGCAGCUCUUCGUGCUGAUACCAACAAUAGAGGAGGAGUCGAGGUGCCUAGACAGAAGUACAUCGCUACUUCUAAGUUUGAUCUUCUCGACGCCAUUGUCAUGGAUGAAGAGGAUGAUGUGAAGCAGCAGUUUCUACUUCUUUCCUCGUGCUUGGACUCUAUUUUACAUGCUGAACACAAGAGCAUCUUAGAGGAAAUGAGAGUGGACUAUGAUCUUCUGCAAGCCACUAGGUAUAAGGAGAAUAUCAGUGGAAAAGAAGAAGAUGAUUUGAAACUAAGUUCUGAUGUAUCUGAGCCAAACAAUUCCGAGGUUGCAGCGUAUGAACCUAAUGGAAUUGGAGAAGAACACUUGGAGGGCCAGUUUGAAUCUAUCUUGGCCAUGCCUUCCACUGUGGCGUUUGAUUUGAAAUAUCUCUUUGAUAGUUUUAAAACCAAAAAUGUGAAGAAAAUCCAUGAUGAAGAAUCCAGGAUUGCCAUAGCUACUCGUUUCCAGCGUGCAUUCAUGCAGCUUCUUCAUAACGCUCAAUUUGAAGAAUUGUCUGAGGCAGACCUGAUGCUGACCUCUGCACUGAAUACUGAUUAUCUUCUUACAUUGCCAAUAUAUGUCGACUGGAAGAAAGCAUCCGAUUCUAAAGCAAUUAUAUUCAGGCGUGGUUAUACUACUGAAAAACAGAAGGGCCUGCUAAUUGGUGAAAAGCUGGAUUACUUGCAGUCAAGACUUCUUCUCCGCAUCUUUUUCCUGGUAGCGAAACCACUUCGAAAAGUGGGGUCAUGGGUGGCUGAGGCUGUCAAACAAAGUAUCCAGCGGCAGAGCACAGAAGUAUGGGUUAAUAAAUUGAAGCUCUGGCUCGAGGAUAUGCCUCUUUCCCGGUGGCCAUAUUCAUUUGAUGAAAAUGAGUUCGAAAAGGAACAGAAUGUAGACCAAAUUUCCAAGGAAGAUCUUCCUAUUUGGUUGGCUGCUCAGAGGGCAGUGAAUCGUUAUGAAGGUAUCCUUUCAUCGCUUGGUCCCCGUAGCAGGCUUUUAAGAAAGUUCCUGACAUGGAUGGAGCUUAUACCCUCGGUGCCCAAAAGACCAUCUAAACUUGAUCCGAUCGCUAACACUAUUGAAUCUCAUUUAAGGCCUAUUUCGUUGCCUAGAAUAUCACUUGGUGAUAUUUGGGAACCUGCUACACGAAAGGUCUGUGGAAAUGAUAUUUGGAAAAUGUUGAAAGCUGCAUUUUCCAUUCUUUCUUCCAAAUCUAGUCUUCAGGAGCCCGCAUUCCAGGAACUAAUUUUGCUUUAUACAGAGGAAAUGGAUGAAAUAGAAGCCAUGGAUACAAGUGAGAUUCCUUCAUUACAACUCAAAAUCUACGAGACUAUUCCUAUUCCAGAACUGCCAGUAAUUUUUCCACACAAGAAGCUAUCUUUCCGGAUUCUGGACACAGUACGCUUGGACGCUGCAACAAUCGUGGGACUUUUAGCAUUCUUUAUUAACUACAAAUUCGAGGACAUAAAAUCAUCUCCAUCAGCUGUACUUCUAGACGUAAUUGCGAUCACUGCUCUUAUAAUAUCCGUUAGUAGGAUAGUUCUGGGUUAUAAACAAACGUGGGACAGGUAUCAACUCUUGGUGAACAGAACACUCUAUGAGAAAACAGUAGCCAGUGGCUUUGGUUCGAUUCACUUUCUUCUUGAUGCUUCUGAACAGCAGCAAUACAAGGAAGCAAUUUUGGCAUAUGCGAUCCUACUCAAAGAAGAAAAUGGCCAGGUAACCUGCAUUGAAGUUGCGAAGGACAGAUGUGAGAGAUUCAUGUAUAACAUGUUUAAAGAAAAGGUAGACAUGCCAAUCCAUAAGGCCAUAAACACACUGGCGAGACUCGGUCUUGUCAAGGAAACUUGCAUCGAUGGACAAACUGAAGUUGAGGCUGUUCCCUGUCCCGCUGCAUAUGAAAUCCUUAAACAACGCUGGAAUAAUCUACUCACCGACAUUCCUUGAUGUUUAAAUAUUCAGUAAUGCAUCCAAACCAGCUGUGCUGCUUAAACAUUGGAUGGCAGUCCUGCAGGAAAGACAUUCGUCUUUUGAUCCAGUCACCCUGCCAAAUGAAAUAAUCGCAGUGAUUACAAGCGAAAAGAAUGCAUUGCAGUGCUACAAGGGAAAACUAGGUGUAAUUGAAGAGAAUCUAGCAGUGCUAGUGUUCUGACCAUCUGCUAAGUGGUUUUUGAUAGUGAUAGUAAUGUGAUUUGGUGGUGUAAAUUCUGCUUAUUCCUACUCCGCAGAUAUAGGGAUGCUUAGACAGUUAAUGAAUAGGUGUUAUCUCAAGCUUUUGUAUAAUUCUGAGAAUGAUAAAAGGAAGAUACCAUGUACAUAAUACCAAUUGCUUUCGAUAUUGUUAUUUA